GCGCUGUAAACACCACGCUUGUUAGCUCCUGCAAUUCUUGGAGUUUUUGAGGAAUAAUUUUGAAGAUAUUUAGCAAAUACUUGGGACAAGUUGGUCAUAAAAACAUCAAGUUAGUUUAUACUGUAUCCUGAAAGUGAAAUUUGCUGCUAAAGUGCAUUUUUGAAACGAUAUCGUCCGCUUGUACUAGUUGUAUGGUAGAACAGUGUUGCCAUCCUUCCACGAAAAAUGACAGGAAGAACCAGAACGGGCAGUAUAACGGAACAAAUGGAUGAUAAAACUGUGGAAAUGAUAAUAAGUAAGUUAGCACCAAAAUUAACAGCGAAGAUAGAAAGCCAGUUUGAGAAAUUGAGCAAGCAUUUCGAACAAAUGGAGGCGAAAAUAAACAGUCUGGUCGAUAAAUUGACUUCCAUAGAAGAAGUGGCAGAAUCAAACAAAGUAGAGAUAAAAUCAAUGAAUGAUAGAAUGGAUAAGUUGGAGCAAAAAUUGAAAUCUAACACAUUGAGAAUAAUUGGAUUGGACGAAGAACCCAAUGAAAAUUUGAUAGCCAAAGUAAGCAACCUACUCAAUAACGUGCUGAAAGUUCCAUGCACCCAGCAGGACUUUAAUAAUAUUUACCGUACCGGAAAAAUAAAGAACCAAACUAAACCUCGAACAAUAAUGAUAUCUUUUAUAUCGCAUAUGAAAAGAAACCAGAUUUAUGCAGCGAAGAAACUACUUAAGGGAACAAAUAUGUACAUCAACGAAGAUCUAACGAAGUUACAAUACAGCUUAUAUGGUAUUGCGAAGAAUAAAUUUGGAAAUAAAAAUGUAUGGUCUUCUAAUGGCAGAAUUUUAGCGAGAGUUGGCACCGAUGUGAAAUCAAUCGAAAAACACAUGUUUACUAUCGACAUAGAUUAAACAAACAAAUCGAAUUAGGAGAAUGGGAUUUAGCGGCAAAAAAUAGAAGAAGCCUUGGUGGGAAAGAACAUUGAAAUAAUGUUUUUAUGGAUAUGCUUGCCAAAGUUGAUAAUGAUGCCCUGUUUACACUUUGUUCAUAAUUUGAAUAAUUUUCUGUAUAAUAUCAAUCAUUCUGUCGUAUGUUAAUUGAUCUAAUAUUUACAAUUGGCUCAAUGGAUUCAAAUAUUCCUUGAAUUAAUUAUUAUUUUUUAUUAUU